UUUUGCUAACUUCCUUGUUGGGAUCUUGGGCUUGGCAUUAGCCAGUGACACAUAACUCUGUUGGACGAACUAUAUUGAAAGACUUAAGACAAAAUAUUAAAAAGAAAGUUAUCGUGGAGAUCAUCCGUCACAUAAUGUUGUGUUUGGUCGUCUUUUUAGCAUGGUUUUCCGUCUAUUCUGAUGCCCUACCCUCGGAACCUUAUCUCGUUUAUUCUAACAUCACCAACCUUCUUGUUUUGGAUCUAAACACUUUGGCACGGACCAAUGUGUUGGGAGGACUGGACAGAGCUGUACCUAUAGGUAUAGACACAAAGCAAAAGCACAUCUACUUUGGUGAGCACACCCUGGGCCUUAUUUAUCGCGUAAAUUACGAUGGGACGAGCAAAACACUGAUAAUGAAGGAUGUUGUGAAUGUUGAGGGUGUUGCAAUAGAUUGGAUCGGACGUAAGAUGUACUGGACCACUUAUAAAUCAGGGACGAUCGAGGUCGCAACGCUUGAUGGGAAGUUUAGAAAAGUUUUGCUAAAUACUGGUCUUGAAUACCCUCGUGGCAUGGCAGUUGAUCCAAUUGCAGGAUAUCUCUUUUGGUCUGACUGGGGAGCCAAAGCAGCUGUUGAAAGAUGUGAUUUAGACGGUACUAACCGUGUUGCUUUGGUCAAAGAUAACAUCACGUGGCCAAACGGUGUUACCCUGGAUACCUCUGCAAGACUUGUCUUUUGGAUCGACGCGUUUCAUGAUAAAAUAAGUUCUAUUGACUAUGACGGAAAUAACAGAAGAAUUAUCUUUGAAGACAAAUCAUUGGCUCUUUCACAGUUCCAUGGAUUUGACUUGGAUAUCACAGGAGAUUCAAUCUAUUAUACAGACUGGUUGACUAAUUCCAUCAAUGGCAUUAAUAUAAACACUGGAGUGAUGUUCGUAAACAUAACUGUACCAACUACAAACUUAAUUAAGGGGGCUAUGGGACUGCGUGUGAUUGACUCUUCGAAACAGAAAGAUGGAACUACUAAUUGUGGAAGUAAUAAUGGUGGAUGUGAAGAGUUAUGUUUCCAUAAGGUUGCAUCUGGAACAUCAUGCGCAUGUCAGCUAGGCCAGAAACUGGCGAAUGAUAAGAAAACAUGCGAGGAUCCCUUUAAAGAAGAGUUCAUAAUGUUUGCGGACGCUGAUGCUGGCAAAAUCUACCAAAUGCAGCUGGACAACGUGAAUGUAAAACCAAUUGCAAUUCCAUUUGAUAAAACCGCAAAUAUCACCCGCCCCGUGGCGUUGGAAUAUGACUGGGUUGAAGAUCGUGUGUACUGGACGGAUGUUACCCUUAGAAUCAUCUGUAGAGCAUUCAGAAACGGAACAGGAUUCGAGGUGUUGUUCAAUGAUAUUGGUGUGGCAGAUGGACUGACCAUAGAUCUUGCUGGUCGCCAGUUAUAUUGGACCAGCACAACAAACAAUACUGUUGAAACUUCUAAGCUGGAUGGGUCAUUUAGGAAGACUUUGGUCAAUUCGAAUUUGGACGAACCAAGAGAUAUCAUUGUGGAUCCAAUUGAUGGUUAUAUGUACUGGACUGAUUGGGGAAGCUUCUCGAGAAUCGAGCGUGCCUACAUGAACGGAGAAAACAGAAUGGACCUGGUAAACCGCACUCUUCACUGGCCAAAUGGUCUCACCAUUGAUCAUGUUUAUAAUAAGUUGUAUUGGGUCGAUGCUGGUGAAGAUAAUAUUGAAGCAAUGGACCUCGACACGCUCAAACGAAAGGUUGUGUUGAACCAGAAAAUCCUUCUCUUUGGCUUCUUGUUUCGUCUUACAACCGAAGUGAACCACCCCUAUGGCUUGACAGCGUUAAAUGAUCAUCUGUACUGGACAGACUGGAAUACUGACUCUGUAUAUCGUGGUGACGUAAAUACUGCGGCAAACAUAAAAGUAAUGGCGACUAACCUGGGCAAACCAAUGGAUAUACAUGCAUAUAGUUCCAUACCAAAACAACAAAAACGACUACACUACACAUUUUCGUUCCCACAACAUGGCAGCAAUUUCACCUGCAUCUUGUUUCAAUCAUGUCCUGUUAUCAAUGCACCUCCAUCAUGUCCGUCAGGAUACUCACACGUCAGGGAGAACUCAACUUGUGGGUUGAAUUGUCGAGAUAUCGUGGGUUACACGUGGCGAUGCCCGUGCAAUGACUGGAUGUCGUGUGCUGUGAAAGAAAGAUACUUGUGGGGCUGUGCUUAUGGUUAUUACAGCAGUUUCAGGGUUCGAGAGUGUGUCCAAGAUGUAAAAGCUGGACGCUGUCCUUAUGGUGGAGGCAAAGGAACGUCGUGCGUCAGUGACUCAGAUUGCCCGAGUAAUGAUAAAUGUUGUGACUCGAAGUGUGCAACACCAGCAACAAUAGCCGCUCAUCCAUGCCAGACAAACAACGGUGGCUGUGACCAGCUGUGUUUCGGGAUUCCUGGUGGACACAAAUGUGGUUGUAAAAAUGGUUAUAGCUAUGACAAAACUCAAUCUAAAUGUGUUCACUCUACAAGACCUGCAAAUGUAACUGUAAAACCGCCGCCCGGAAAAAGUUGCAAGCCACAUCCAGCCCCAAAACAUGGCUCAGUGACCUGUGACACCGUGGGUGGUUAUGUUCCUGAAUAUAAAGGAUGUAAGUUCUCGUGUGACUCAGGAUAUCGUUUAAUUGGCUGGAGUUGGGAUCUUUGCAUUAAUGGAGUAUGGAUUGUCUACGCACCAACCUGCAAAAUCGAUACAAGGCCUAAACUAUCACAUUGUCCGAAUGAUACAACAAUUCCUACGGACCCAGGAAAAAGUUAUGCAACUUUUCAUUGGGUCGUUCCCACGGCAACAGACUAUAAUGGAACAAAUCUACCAGUCAACAUAUAUCCAUAUGGCUACUCCUCUCCUGUUAAUCUGAGUAUUGGAUGGCAUCGGAUCGACGUUAGUGCGACAAACAAGAAUGGAGAAUACGUUCGUUGUUAUUUUUCUGUAUCAGUCGAAGAUCGUGAACCCCCAUCAUUUGGCUCAACCUGUCCGUCCAACAUUCAACUCUACACAGAUAAAAACGACAGCAUCCGACUACCUUCCUCCUUCAAAAAACCAACAGCUACAGAUAAUGUCAAACCACCUUCUGUUCACAGUUCAGGCUUUCCCUCUGACUCAUUCUUUCCUAUUGGUACAACAGUGGUCAAAUAUACUGCAACAGACGACGCUGGAUUAAAUGCAACUUGUAUUUUUAGUGUUACUGUCGUUAACGUAUGCAACGGCGCAACUUGUACUCACGGCUCGAAAUGUGUCUUGAAUCCGGCGACUAAAUCCUCAUACAUGUGUUCCUGCAAGUUUUUCUGCUCCCAACAUUACGACCCUGUUUGUGGGUCGGACGGCCGGGACUACAACAAUGAAUGUCUUCUAAAUGCCACCGUUUGCACGUCAAGAAAAACAGUCACAGUCGUGAAAAAGGGAAAGUGUGCAGAUGAUGCCCUACCCUCGGAACCUUAUCUCGUUUAUUCUAACAUCACCAACCUUCAUAUUUUGGAUCUAAACACUUUAGCACGGACCAAUGUGUUGGGGGGGCUAGACAGAGCUAUACCUAUAGGUAUAGACACAAAGCAAAAGCACAUCUACUUUGGUGAGAACACCCUGGGCCUUAUCUAUCGCGUAAAUUACGAUGGGACGAACAAAACACUGAUAAUGAAGGAUGUUGUUAAUGUCGAGGGUGUUGCAAUAGAUUGGAUCGGACGUAAGAUAUACUGGACCACUUAUAAAUCAGGGACGAUCGAGGUCGCAACGCUUGAUGGGAAAUUUAGAAAAGUUUUGCUAAAUACUGGUCUUGAAUACCCUCGUGGCAUGGCAGUUGAUCCAAUUGCAGGACAUCUCUUUUGGUCUGACUGGGGAGCCAAAGCAGCUGUUGAAAGAUGUGAUUUAGACGGUACUAACCGUGUUGCUUUGGUCAAAGACAACAUCACAUGGCCAAACGGUGUCACCCUGGAUACCUCUGCAAGACUUGUCUAUUGGAUCGACGCGUUUCAUGAUAAAAUCAGUUCCAUUGACUAUGACGGAAAUAAUAGAAGAAUUACCUUUGAAGAUAAAUCCUUGGCUCUCUCACAGUUCCAUGGAUUUGACUUGGAUAUCACAGGAGAUUCAAUCUAUUAUACAGACUGGUUGACUAAUUCCAUCAAUGGCAUUAACAUAAACACUGGAGUCAUGUUCGUAAACAUAACAAUACCAACUACAAACUUGUUUAAGGGGGCUAUGGGACUGCGUGUGAUUGACUCUUCGAAACAGAAAGAUGGAACUACUAAUUGUGGAAGCAGUAAUGGUGGAUGUGAAGAGUUAUGUUUCCAUAAGGUUCCAUCUGGAACAUCAUGCGCAUGUCAGCUAGGCCAAAAACUGGCGAAUGAUAAGAAAACAUGCGAGGAUCCCUUUAAAGAAGAGUUCAUAAUGUUUGCGGACGCUGAUGCUGGCAAAAUCUACGAAAUGCAGCUGGACAGCGUGAAUGUAAAACCAAUUGCAAUUCCAUUUGAUGAAAACACCAAUAUUACCCGCCCCGUUGCGUUGGAAUAUGACUGGGUUGAAGAUCGUGUGUACUGGACGGAUGUUACCCUUAGAAUCAUCUGUAGAGCAUUCAGAAAUGGAACAGGAUUCGAGGUGUUGUUCAAUGAUAUUGGUGUGGCAGAUGGACUGACCAUAGAUCUUGCUGGUCGCCAGUUAUAUUGGACCAGCACAACAAACAAUACUGUUGAAACUUCUAAGCUGGAUGGGUCAUUUAGGAAGACUUUGGUAAAAUCAAAUCUGGACGAACCAAGAGAUAUCAUUGUGGAUCCAAUUGAUGGUUAUAUGUACUGGACUGAUUGGGGAAGCUUCUCGAGAAUCGAGCGUGCCUACAUGAACGGAGAAAACAGAAUGGACCUGGUAAACCGCACUCUUCACUGGCCAAAUGGUCUCACCAUUGAUCAUGUUUAUAAUAAGUUGUAUUGGGUCGAUGCUGGUGAAGAUAAUAUUGAAGCAAUGGACCUCGACACAUACGAACGAAAGGUUGUGUUGAACAAAAAAUUCCUUCUCUUUGGCAUCUUGUUUCGUCUUACAACCGAAGUGAACCACCCCUAUGGCUUGACAUCGUUAUACGAUCAUCUGUACUGGACAGACUGGAAUACUGACUCGGUAUAUCGUGGUGACGUAAAUACUGCGGCAAACAUAAGAGUAAUGGCGACUAACCUGGGCAAACCAAUGGAUAUACAUGCAUAUAGUUCCAUACCAAAACAACAAAAACGACUACACUACACAUUUUCGUUCCCAAAACGUGGCAGCAAUUUCACCUGCAUCUCAUCUCGAUCAUGUCCUGUUAUCAAUGCACCUCCAUCAUGUCCGCCAGGAUACUCACACGUCAGGGAGAACUCAACUUGUGGGUUGUAUUGUCGAGAUAUCGUGGGUUACACAUGGCGAUGCCCGUGCAAUGACUGGAUGUCGUGUGCUGUGAAAGAAAGAUACUUGUGGGGCUGUGCUUAUGGUUAUUACAGCAGUUUCAGGGUUCGAGAGUGUGUCCAAGAUGUAAAAGCUGGACGCUGUCCUUAUGGUGGAGGCAAAGGAACGUCAUGUGUCAGUGACUCAGAUUGCCCGAGUAAUGAUAAAUGUUGUGACUCGAAGUGUGCAACACCAGCAACAAUAGCCGCUCAUCCAUGCCAGACAAACAACGGUGGUUGUGACCAGCUGUGUUUCGGGAUUCCUGGUGGACACAAAUGUGGUUGUAAAAAUGGUUAUAGCUAUGACAAAACUCAAUCUAAGUGUGUUCACUCUACAAGACCUGCAAAUGUAACUGUAAAACCGCCGCCCGGAAAAAGUUGCAAGCCACAUCCAGCCCCAAAACAUGGCUCAGUGACCUGUGACACCGUGGGUGGUUAUGUUCCUGAACAUAAAAAAUGUAAUUUCUCGUGUGACUCAGGAUAUCGGUUAAUUGGUCGGGGUUGGGAUAUUUGCAUUAAAGGAGUAUGGAUUGACGAUACACCAACCUGCAUAAUCGAUACAAGGCCUAAACUAUCGCAUUGUCCGAAUGACGUAACAGUUCCCACAAACCCCGGCGAAAGUUUUACGACUGUUUAUUGGGACAUUCCCACGGCAACAGACUAUAAUGGAACAAGUCUACCAGUCGACAUAUAUCCAUUUGGCUACUCCCCCCCUGUUAAUCUGAGUAUUGGAUGGCAUUCGAUCUACCUUACUGCGACAGACAAGAAUGGAGAAAGCACUUAUUGUUAUUUUUCUGUAACAGUCGAAGAUAUGGAACCCCCGUCAUUUGGCUCAACUUGUCCAUCCAACAUUCAACUAUACACAGAUAAAAACGACAGUAUCCACCUGCCUUCUUCCUUCAAAAAACCAACAGCUACAGAUAAUGCCAAACCACCUUCUGUUCACAGUUCAGGCUUUCCAGCUAAUUCAUUCUUUCCUAUUGGUACAACAGUGGUCAAAUAUACUGCAACAGACGAUGCUGGAUUAAAUGCAACGUGUAUUUUUAGUGUUACUGUUGUUAACGUAUGCAACGGCGCAACUUGUACUCACGGCUCGAAAUGUGUCUUGAAUCCGGCGACUAAAUCCUCAUACAUGUGUUCCUGCACGUUUUUCUGCCCGCAGCAUUACGACCCUGUUUGCGGGUCGGACGGCCGGGACUACAACAAUGAAUGUCUCUUAAAUGCCACCGUUUGCACGUUAAGAAAAACAGUCACAGUCGUAAAGAAGGGAAAAUGUGAAGAUGCAUGCGACAAGAAGAAGUGUACUCACGGAGCAAUAUGCAGAGUAAGAAACGGAAAAGCGGAGUGCUCUUGUGAUUUGUCAUGCAGUGAUACUUUAGAUCCUGUUUGUGGUUCUGAUGGAAAGAACUAUGAAAACAGAUGCAAGAUGAAUGAAACUGCGUGCAAUGAAAAAAAUAUUAUUACUAUGCUAAAAAGGGGAAAAUGUGUUGACUGCAGCACAGUGAAGUGUGGUUUUGGAGCACAGUGCGUAGUUGAGGGUGGUAAAGCAAAAUGUGAAUGCAACUUUACCUGCGCAGAUAGUAACAAUCCUGUUUGUGGCUCAGAUGGACGGACGUACAAAAAUAAAUGCGAAUUACAAAAUAAACAAUGCGCUGGACGGAGAAAUAUCACGGUUAUUAAAAACGAACCUUGUGGCUGUGAUGACCUCAAUUCAACUGAUGCAGAAUCUUUCACCAACUCGAGCACAAUGCAAUGUCAAGACAAGGAUAAUUCCGUGCAGUGUGAAGUCAAAUGUAAAAGUGGAUAUAAUGCAGUUUUCAAUAAUUUCUUGAAGUUACAAUGUUAUGAGAAGCAGUGGAUAAGAGGAAACAACGCUGGGGCAUAUGUCGUACUUGCGGACGUGAAUAGUCCUCCGACAUGCUACGAACCGACGCCAAAACAAUCCCAUUCUCCGUAUUGUCCUUCUGGUUCGGCAAUAUACAAAGAUGUCUGCGUGGAAUGUCCACGAGGCAGUUAUCUCGAUCAAAACAAAACAAAGUGUGAACCAUGUCCAGUGACUGAGUAUCAAGAUUCAGCAGGACAAACUUCUUGCAAGAAAUGUAAAUCCACGAAAACUUCAACUGCAACAGGAGCUGAGAAUUGUUUCUUUGAUCACAGUAACUCUGUUGUCGAAAUGGUUUUUGCCGUGAAACCAUCAAAAGUUUCAAAGGAUAAAGUUCAAAGUGGUAUCGCGAAAGCUUUGACGAACGUUUGUAAAACUGAAACAUGUUCUUUUAAUAAAAGCACAACAGGUCGUAAUAAACGUGCCAGUGACACGUACAAAUUUGAAGCUAAGCAUGUUAUCAUUAUGAGUCAGAAGCCGAAGGCGAAGGAAGAAGGCCAAAACACAGCAGUCUAUUUCCUAGUCCUUGAUCCAAAAUCAACUUCACUUCUACCAGAUCAAGCUUUCUCGUCGAAAAAUCUCAAGUAUUUGAUAGAAAAAAUACAAAAGGGAGAUCUCCCAUAUCCAGUCAGUGGUACUGAAACAGUUCCGCCAACGACUCUGACAUCUAUCAGUGACACACCGACAACAGUACGAUCUGCCGUUAGGCCGACGGCUGCAUCUUCACAACCGUCGCCGUCUAUUAAUAACGUCGAUAACGAAGCCUCUACAGGAGAAAAGUCAACAUCAAAAGUACCAGUUAUAGCUGGUGUUGUUGUGGCUGUUGUUGUACUCAUUUUCCUUGUGUUUGCAUUCUGGAUGUAUAGACGACGCAAGAAUAAAAGCACUAUCCCUCCAGUACAGUUUAAUUCUGCUAAUGAAGACAGAACGCAGAUUGGUGAUGGUCGUCAGUCAGAACAAAAUCAAUCAAAUACCUAUGAUACCCCUGCCAUUCAACUAAGCUUUCUAAAUAAAGUAUUCAGUGAUAUUCAUGGACCCCCUCCUUCCUACUCUGAAAGAUCCUCUGAAGACCAAUCCACCAGCAAUGGUCUCGCUCGUCCUCAUGUGUAUAAAAUUCCUGAUGAUGACCAGGCUGAUCCAUUACCCGCAAAGGAGAAACUGCCUGGGGAUGCAGUGGUUGAUAUGAUUCCUGAGCAGCAAGAUGAGAUAAAAAACCAGAAAUCACCCGAGGUCGUGUCUUUCCCUAAGCGAACAGCAGUUUCAAAUAUCUACGAAGUACCUAACAUGCGAUCAUUUCAGCGUACUCCGGAUGCCCAACCCCAGUUGAGAUUGCAGCCUCCUCCAAAAUCAGAUUAUGCUUUUCGGGAUCAAGCAGCUUCCUCCAUUUUACCAAACGUCCCUCGGAAAUCAAAAGCGAAUGUCGCCCUAACAGAUGCAAACGAGAACACAAACCACCAGGGUCGCUCUGUGUACCAAAAUGUUGGUGACGUCACAAGAGAGCAAAGCGAAACCUAGGCUGGUCAUAUGACACAUUCCUGCAAUCUGGUUAGAUAUUUUACAUAUUUGAUUGUGACAAAAUCCAUCUACUUAACUUUUCAUUUUCUUACAUAAACAGCAUGUGAUUAGCACAUGCACAAAAUGUCAUAAACGCAUUGCAUUUUGUAAAAAACUUUGUUAACAAUGGACUAUACAUAAGUCUUGCUGUAGAUAUUGACAUCUUGUGAAAAUUUUUAGGAGCAAGGUCACACAAAACAUAUUUACACUUACUUUGUAAAGACAACUCUCUGUUGAGUAAAACAACAUAAAACUUAGCACAAUGUUUUUACAAAUUUCAAAAGAAUGAUCAGUAUCGACGUAUACCAAUAGACUGUUUGAGUAAAUACUUCCCGACUUCAUCGUUUUCAAUUUAGAACCAGCUUAUAUAGAUGAAAUGGUGCAAAACAUAAUUAUUCAACACAAGCAUGUAGUUAGGCCAUAUUAUUUUGGAAACUGUUCUUUUGCCUCACCUGUCCAGAUAUUGCGGCCGAAGAGUUCUAUCGUGCUUCAUCUAUGCGCAAUUUCGGAGUUCUUACCGUUCAGUUUGUAUCACGGCCUGCACGGGUCAAUUUUUGUCCUUUGUAAAGGUUGACUAAGACCCCAUUCACACACAAUACCAGACAACCGUCUUAAAAUAUGUUCUCUCUUCCGUUUGCACGAGAAUCAACGGAACCAGGCAAGUUCCUUUUUUUACCGAAGAGUCCUUUUUAAUAGAAUAAAUUAGCGCAUUUGCGAUCCAUGGAAACAUACAUGUACAAGAAAAGGAGAAUUUCGGCCUAUCCCAAUCCGCCCAUUUCACCAUUGGACUAGAGUCAGCGAGCAGACUACCACUGGACUGAAAAGACCAUGAGCUCAAAUUUUUAAAGACCAUUCCAAAUCAUUACAAUGACCAUAUAUAGCCUGCUUCAUUACCGCGGUCAUUGGAUGCAGAUUAUUAUGUCAAUGUUUAUUAGCGGUUCAUUGAACUUCAUUAUACCGCGCAUCGUCACCUUAAACCCCUGAAUGUCAACUGCAAUCAUGAGUUAUUAAAAUCCCCAUUAACUUUUUUUUUGUA